CUCGAGCUCCCCGCCCGCCGCCCGCCACCUUCCGUCGGUUCUCUCAUUAGUCCGCGGUCGCCUCUGGAGCUACCCGCCCUUGUCUCCAAGCUUGCGACUCACGGACCGGUGUUCUCUGCUCAAAACGGCCAGACUCGGGAGUCGUAGUCUGAGCUUUUCACCUGGGAAGUUCAAGUUACUUUGUAGAACUUCUGUCACACAGGUCGUGCAUUUUGCAGCACAUUUGUAAGCUAUGGCUGCCAUCAGGAAGAAAUUGGUGAUUGUUGGUGAUGGAGCAUGUGGCAAGACAUGCUUGCUCAUAGUUUUCAGCAAGGACCAGUUCCCAGAAGUAUAUGUGCCCACAGUGUUUGAGAACUAUGUGGCAGAUAUUGAGGUGGAUGGAAAGCAGGUAGAGUUGGCUUUGUGGGACACAGAUGGGCAGGAAGAUUAUGAUCGCCUGAGGCCCCUCUCCUACCCAGACACUGAUGUUAUACUGAUGUGUUUCUCCAUCGACAGCCCUGAUAGUUUAGAAAACAUCCCAGAAAAAUGGAUCCCAGAAGUCAAGCAUUUCUGUCCCAACAUACCCAUCAUCCUGGUUGGGAAUAAGAAGGAUCUUCGUAAUGAUGAGCACACAAGGCGGGAGUUAGCCAAGAUGAAGCAGGAGCCAGUAAAACCUGAAGAAGGCAGAGAUAUGGCAAACAGGAUUGGUGCCUUUGGGUACAUGGAGUGUUCAGCAAAGACCAAAGAUGGAGUGAGGGAGGUUUUUGAAAUGGCCACAAGAGCUGCUCUUCAAGCCAGACGUGGGAAGAAAAAAUCUGGGUGCCUUGUGUUGUGAAAACUUGCUGCAAGCACAGCCCUCAUGCGGCUAAUUUUGAAGUGCUGUUUAUUAAUCUUAGUGUAUGAUUACUGGCCUUUUUCAUUUAUCUAUAAUUUACCUAAGAUUACAAAUAAGAAGUCAUCUUGCUACCAGUAUUUAGAAGCCAACCAUGAUUAUUAAUAAUGUCCAACCCGUCUGAUCUGCCAGGGUCCUUCUGACACUGCUCUAACAGCCCUCUCUGCACUCCACCUGACACACCAGGCGCUAAUUCAAGGAAUUUCUUAACUUCUUGCUUCUUUCUAGAAAGAGAAAUGGUAACUUUUGUGAAUUAGGCUGUAACUACUUUAUAACUAACAUGUCCUGCCUAUUAUCUGUCAGCUGCAAGGAACUCUGGUGAGUCAUCACUUUGGAGCUUUACUCCUCAGCAGAUUUCAUUUCCAUAGCUCUGGAGUGGGCAUCCAGUUUUUUGAAAUGUACUCAGCCAGAAAGGCCCAAGUCCAUGCAGCUGUGGCAGAGUUACAGUUCUGUGGUUUCAUGUUAGUUACCUUAUAGUUACUGUGUAAUUAGUGCCACUUAAUGUAUGUUACCAAAAAAUAAAUAUAACUAUUCCAGACUAGAUGUAGUAUUUUUUGUAUAAUUGGAUUUCCUAAUACUGAUAUUUGUCAUCCCACAGAAAAGUGUAUUGGUUUUUUAAAAAAGAAAGUGUAUUUGGAAAUAAAGUCAGAUGGAAAAUUCA